CCUGUCUUUCUCCCUCUCAGCCCGAGAUCUGCACAGUAGUUGCAAAGAAAGAGGGGGCUGACCACAGCUCUACAACAUCACUACUUCUUCUUUUGACAGCACAGCUGAGGAGGGCAUGCGUCUUACAGAGAGGAAACAAAACAGAGGGCUGAGGAUCUUAAAUCUCACCACGACAUAAAAAAAUCCCCACCAUGCCUGCUACAACCACAUUCCAGCCUCCAAAUAGCUCUGAUUUCCUCAUCACCACAAAGACCAGCGAAAUGAACUUAACUCCAACCCCUGACCCUCACCAAACCUGUGUGGAUUACGAGUCACUGCAGAGCCCACUGGCAGUGCUCUACUCUAUAAUCUUUGCCCUGGGUCUAGUUGGGAACUUGGUGGCUUUGUGGGUUUUCUUCUGUGUUGACUCUAAGAAGAACUCUGUGCGGGUAUUUCUCAUAAAUAUAGCUUUUGCAGACCUGCUGCUGGUGGUUUGUCUGCCAUUCAGAAUUGUGUAUCACAGCCAGGGUAAUAUCUGGAACUUGGGUCCCACCGUGUGUAAAGUAGUUGGCAACCUCUUCUACAUGAACAUGUAUAUCAGUAUCACACUGCUAGGGUUCAUCAGCGUGGAUCGCUACCUGAAGAUCCAUCGUAGGACAGGGGUGCAGCACAGACUGCGGUCCACAAGGUGGAGCACAGCCCUCUGUAUAGCAAUCUGGAUUGUGGGCGUUGCCGUGAAUUUGGUGUUCCUAACAUCAAGGAAUGACUCACAAUUGACCAGAUGUUUCCACUACAAGCUUCUCCAUAGUGCAAAGUGGAAGGCCUAUAUCAAUAUCUUUCUGGUGGUUGUCUUCUGGCUCGUUUUCAUCUCUCUUGUAGUGUGUUAUGGAAAGAUUGCCCUAAAGCUUCUAAGAACAUCACAAGAGAAACCAGACCUGCCCAAUGCACCGCGCUAUGCUCGAACUGCCAGGAAGUCCUUCUUCAUCCUCUUCCUCUUCACCAUCUGUUUUGUACCCUAUCACACAGUCAGGGUGUUCUACAUAAAAACCCAGAUCACAGACACUUCAUGUUUCUGGCAGGGUGUGGCUGACAAUGCCAAUGAGAUGGCUUUGCUUUUUUCUGCGCUCAACAGCUGUUUGGACCCUGUUAUGUAUUUCCUGUUAUCCUCUUCAGUGAGGAAGGAGGUGUUGCGCUUGGUAAGCAAUAUGUUUUGUGUACGAGAUGUUGCAGGAGUCAGUGGUAGCAGCUCCACUGUUGAGAUGGACAGUAAGAAUGGGAAGACUGACAGAGGACAGGCAAGCAUAAGCUUAACCAGCACUAUAACUGAGAAUAGGGUUACUUCAUCCCGCCUAGCUGGGCUGUAAAGAUACAGAGACAGGGGGGCAUAAAGUGAUUUCUAGUCAAACAAUACUAAUGAUAUUAGUUAGCUAAACUUGUAUAUGUGUCAAUAUGUGUCAUAUUGUGAAGUCACGUCUAGUCAGUUUUAUGUAUAAAAUGUAAAUUCACAACAAAUGUUAUCUUGUGACACUUAAGUUGGAGCUGGUCAAGACCAUACUAAUUUUCUUUUACUUAUUUACAGAGACCCAACAUCACAUUACUAACCAUUUCCAUUUAUUUGAAUACACAAUCCUCCGUUAAGGUUCGUGCUUAGAUUAGAAUAGGACGAUUACAGCAACUUCUUGUGAGGCACACUUGUUGUACUAUAACUGUAUUUCAAUACAUGUCUAUUACAUAAAUAUAUCACAUACCAUCACUCCAAC